AUCUACGUAGGAAAAGAAUUAUACUAACAAUAUAAUAAGGAAGUAAUGUAAUAAGGAAGGUAAUGAAGAAUACUCCGUAGUAUUCUAUUUCCUAAUACAUCUGUUUUUGGAGCACAGCAUCUGAUAAUGUAAACAGAAGGAAAAAAAGGGCAAAAAGCUGAAUACUUUUUCUUGUUUAUUGCCUCUUUUUAGAGCUCUGAACUUUUCCAAGGUCGUCAUCAAUGGCUUCCAGCGGUUGGAUGCGGCCGUUUCUGCUCUGCAUUUCCCUGUUCUUGGGCUUCUCCUCUGCCGCAGAUCCGACUGUGUUUCUUGACUAUGAGGUUUCUUACAUCACUGCUUCUCCUCUUGGCGUGGAGCAACAGGUCAUUGCUGUUAAUGGGAAAUUUCCUGGGCCUCCUAUGAACGUGACUACUAACAACAAUGUUAUUGUCAAUGUUCGGAACAAAUUGGAUGAAGAUCUCCUGAUGCAUUGGUCUGGGAUUCAAAUGAGGAAGAAUUCUUGGCAAGAUGGGGUUCUUGGAACCAACUGUCCAAUUCCUGCAAAAUGGAACUGGACAUACCAAUUUCAAGUGAAAGACCAGAUUGGCAGUUUCUUUUACUUCCCUUCACUGAAUUUUCAAAGGGCAGCAGGAGGUUUUGGUAGCAUCAUUGUUAACAACAGAGAUGUUAUCCCACUUCCUUUUGACACCCCUUAUAAGGACAUACCUAUUCUGAUUGGCGAUUGGUUCACCAAAAAUCACACGGCUCUGAGGAAAACACUUGAUGCUGGCAAGAGCCUUGGAAUUCCGGACGGCAUUCUUAUUAAUGGCAAAGGGCCUUACAGAUACAAUAGUUCUUUUGUCCCUAAUGGUAUUGACUAUGAAACCAUCACAGUCCAGCCCGGCAAAACUUACCGGCUUCGUGUGAGCAAUGUUGGGAUAUCGACGAGUUUGAAUUUUCGGAUUCAAGGUCAUAACUUGCUUCUAGCUGAGUCAGAGGGAUCAUACACAAUCCAGCAGAACUAUACUAGCUUAGACAUCCAUGUUGGACAAACAUACUCAUUCUUGCUCAGCACUGACCAGAACGCGAGUUCUGAUUACUACAUUGUCGCGAGCGCGAGGUUUGUGAACGAAACCAUUUGGAGAAGAGUCACCGGAGUUGCCAUUCUCAAGUACUCUAAUUCCAAGGGCGCGGCCCGCGGUCCUCUUCCGGACCCACCACAGGAUCAGUAUGAUAAAACCUUCUCUAUGAACCAGGCAAGAUCCAUAAGAUGGAAUGUGACUGCGAGUGGGGCUCGACCCAACCCACAAGGUUCUUUUAGAUAUGGUUCUAUAAAUGUGACCGAAGUCUACGUCAUAAAGAACAAGUCCCCAAUGAAGAUUGGAGGGAAACAACGAACCACCAUCAAUGGGAUCUCAUUUCAAAACACAAAGACCCCAAUAAGGCUCGCCGAUUGGUUCAAGCUCAAGGGGGUGUACAAGCUCGACUUUCCCGCGGGCCCACCACCCGCGGGCUCGCCUCCUCGGGUCGAGACAUCGGUCAUAAACGGGAGUUACAAAGGGUUCAUGGAAGUGAUACUGCAAAACAAUGACACUAAUGUCCACACGUAUCACUUGAGUGGAUACGCGUUUUUCGUUGUCGGGAUGGACUACGGGGAGUGGACGAACAAUAGCAGGGGAACUUACAACAAGUGGGAUGGGAUCGCGCGCACGACAGCACAUGUUUACCCGGGAGCCUGGACAGCAAUCUUAAUCUCACUGGACAAUGUUGGGAUCUGGAACCUGAGAACCGAAAACCUGGAUUCGUGGUAUCUUGGUCAAGAAACAUACAUCAGAGUUGUUAAUCCUGAGAUGACAAACAAGACCGAGUUGUCAAUCCCAGACAAUGUUCUCUACUGUGGCCUCCUUCAAAGCAAACAAAAGCCUCAAGAAGUGUCGUCGUUUGCGACUACGGGAAGGGAACCGAAAGUGGCGGUUGUCGUGGCGGCGAUGGUGUUUUCUGCAUUGGUUUCUUCUUUGUUCCUAUGAUUCCUGCAGAGUUGGGGUUUGGUUGUUGAGGACUGUACUUUUAAUUUUUUUAAAAAAAAGAGGAAAAUUGUUGGUGGUUAUUAACGUAGUAGAAUUUUUUUUUAAUUUCUCUGGUCAUUUGUCACCUUUAACAUGUGAGUAAUUUUUUUAAAUUCUCCAGUUGUAUUAAUUUUCUUCAGGGAUUUCAACAUUCUUUUAUGAGAACAAGGUGUGAUUUUUUUUGAAAGAUGUGAAGAAUUAGUUGAAGAAUGCACAAAUUUCAGUUUUCUAAGAGCACUGAAUUAACAUGGCAACUUGUUACACAAGUUGAGUUGAGCCAAAGAUUAAUCCCAUCCAAUUUGCACUCUAAGAAACCAUUUCUACUCUCAACUCUCUCUAGAGACAGUUAUAGAAAAAGAAAACAUACUUGCAGAUAUAAAUUGUACUAAAAUUACAUUACCUUUACAGAAUGGUUCUAUAUAUUAUUUGGAGAUCAGAGCAGUUACUUGUUAUCACAAAAGGCAGUGGCUUCAUCACAAAACCCAUCACGGUCCAGCAUUUUUUGCGGGGGAGAACUUAACAAAGGGGAGGACGGGCUACCAUAAGCGUUUCUUCGGGUAUUGCCACAGCCAAGACUGUUUCUGGUGCUAACCCCAGUCACCGGAUUCGUCCCACUUGCAUACUUGCACAGGGCCUACACCAACAUAUCAUCCAUAGUAAUAAAUUAAUAGUCGUGUA